UCCGGCCUGUACAUCGUGGCAGAGCGCAUCGUCUGUGACAUGGAGGACGCGUUCUCCACACAGCCCGGAGCAGGACCUGUGGAACUGUGCGUGGGCGACUGCAGUCCCAACUACCGGACCCGAUCACAGGAACUAUACACAUUCGUGGCCCCCACUUUCAGUAAAAUUCACCCAGAGAAGGGUCCAUCUUCAGGCGGCACUCAUCUGACCAUAUUCGGAGAGUUCCUGGAUGCCGGGAGCUCGGUGAAAGUGUUGGUGGGUGGUGCACAGUGCGUCUUUCAGCGGAGGACCGCGGGCCAGAUCACCUGCCUGACGUCCACCUCGCCCACGGGUCCCGGGUCGGCCGUCAUCACCGUCGCCAUCGACCGCGCAGAGGUCUCCAACGUGGCCCAGACCUUUGCCUACGUCGAGGACCCCACCGUGUCCGCCGUCCAGCCCGAGUGGACCAUUGCCGACGGCAACACCACACUGACCGUCAGCGGCACCGGAUUCCUCAGCGUCCAGCAGCCCCGCGUCCGUGCCCGGUUCCAGGGAGCCGAGACCAGUAACUAUUGCCAGGCCCACAACGACACGGUGAUGGUGUGCCAGGCCCCGGGGUUGGGGCUGGGGACGGGUCGCAGGCGCCUGCCUGAGAGUGGAGCUAGGCCUGAGGAGUUCGGCUUUAUCCUAGACAACGUGAGCUCCCUCCUCAUCCUCAACGGAUCGGCCUUCACCUACUUUCCCGACCCCUCCUUUGAGAGCUUCGCCCCUGCAGGCACCCUGGACGUCAAGCCUGGUACUCCCGUUAUCCUCAAGGGCCGGAACCUGGUGCCGGACGUGUCUGCUGGUGAUCGUCUGAACUACACUGUGCUGAUCGGAGAGUCUCUGUGCGAGCCCACCGUCUCCCCGUUCCAGCUCGUGUGUAAUGCGCCUGAACUCACCGGGCAGCACCGGGUGACGGUGAGGGUGGGUGCGCUGGAGUUCUCGCCGGGCACCCUGCACAUCUCCUCUGAGCGAGGGCUGAGUCCGGGGGCGACGGUGGGGAUGGCGGUGGGGGGAGGGCUCCUCCUCACCGCCAUCGUCUCCGUGCUGGUGGCGUACAAACGCAAGAGCCGCGACGCGGACCGCACCCUGCGGCGCCUCCAGCUCCAGAUGGACAACCUGGAGAGCCGCGUGGCCCUCGAGUGCAAGGAAG